AUGAGAAAAAAACCUUUUUAAGAUAAUGGAAUUUAUGUAGAAAAACAUGCAAAAGCAUUACUAGAUUAUUAAUAAAAAUAAGAUGAAAAAGAUAUUAAUACUUAAUCUAAAUAUCGAAUCAAAGCUAUCAAAUAUAAAAAUAAUUUUUUAGAAUCAUAAGAAGUAAUUAAAGCAUUAAAAAUGGAAAAUUAAGAAAGUGUAAUUGAUUAGAAUUAAUUAAUUAGAAAAAAAUUAUCAGCGAAUUACUCUUAGAUAUUGAAGAAAUGAAGGAAAGAGAAAAAUUAUUAGAAUCUGAAUUAUAAGAAUAAAAAUAAUUAACAUAAUCAGCAAUUGAAUAAUUAGAACAAGAACUCUAAGAAUCUGUUGAAGAUCGAUUACUUUAAGAAUAAAAGUAAUUCUAAGAAAAACUUACUAUCUAAUCAAAUGAUGCUAUUGAAAAACUCAAGAAACAUUUUGAUGAAUAACUCUAAAUAAUUGCACAAACACCAAAAUUAAAUGCAUCACCUGCCAAAAAAAAAAAGAAGAAACAUACAUUUACUAGUACAACAAAUCUAAGACCAUAAAGUUAAACUACUGGUAGAUCUAAUAUUAGUGUAAUAAAAAAAAAAAAUGAUAUACAUAAAUAAAAUUAUUUAUUAUUCUAUCAAUGUAAAAAAAUUUACCAGGUGGAAAUACUCAUCUCAAAUCCAGUUUACAUUUACAUGAUAUUGUCUAUCUUGGUGCUCACAAUUCACCUAUGGCUAGUUGUUAUGGAUGGCAUUACACAUAAUAAAAUGUGACUAUAACUGAGUAGUUUGAAAAAUAUGGUGCUAGACAUUUCAAAAUUCCUUUACAUUGGCAUGUCUAAAAUGGUGUCCCUUAAGUAUUUUAUUUAGUCUACUAGAUUGUUAUUGCCCAUGAAGAAAAUGGUAAAUCUAAUUGUAAAAUGUCUCUUGCUUAGAGAUUAGCAUCGAAACCAGAAAAAGCUGUUGAUCGUCUUAAAGAAUUAGUUAAUUUAACUUUUAAAUAUCCUGAUGAAGUUAUUAUUAUGAAAUUAGAGAGUAAAUUAUUAGAGAGGUCUAAAGAUAAUGGAACAUUAGGGUGGAGUGAUAUUGAAGUGGCUCAAAAAUUGCAUAAUUUAUUAGUUGAUAUUAAAGCAAAAUAAAGAGUUAUAAGAUUUUAAGAAAAUAAUGUGCCUACAUUAGGAUGGUGUAGAGAUAAUUAAAAGAAUAUUUUGAUUACAAUUGAACCUAGAGAAUAAAUUUUAGGUGAUUUACAAGAAUAUACACAUGAUUCUUAUAUUGUAAGUGCUUAAGUUGAUUGGUAAACUGAUCCUUCAAAAGAUGUCACAACUGGAAAUGUUGCAAGAGGUUUAGUAAACAAAAAUAAUGGAUAUAUUUAGUCACCUUUUUUAGAAAUCCAUUUAAAUCCAGAAAAUAGCUUGAAGUAUAAAUAUGAUAUUAAACUUAAGACUAGAUAUGUAGUAUAGAAAGUUGUAUAAUCAGUAUGAUCAUGUCAAGAAAAGAUUUUUAUAAUAUUAUAAACAUUGUGGUAAAAUGCCUAACUUUGUUGUUGCUGAUUUUGUAGAUCAGGGAGAUCUUUCUAAAAUAAUAGAUGAAAUAAACACAAAUAUCAAUCAAAAUGAUGGUUUUAAACCUGAGUUAUUAUGAA